AGGUAGUGGUGAUGAGGCCGGGCUGGUCUGUAGGGAGCCGGGGGCGGGCCCGUAGCCUUGUGGGCGGUGGAAAGGCCCCUCCGGCCGGGAAAGGGUCGGUCGUGUGGAAAAAACCCGGAGAUUUUCGCUCCUCAAGCGUGAGAAGGGGAGCCGUGAGUGUGCGGCGGUGUGCCGGGAAUUCUGAUUUUAUGUUUUGGGAGUGAUAAAAACAAGAUAGGACCCAUAAAAGCUAGUCUUAUUCUCCACCAGCGUCCAGUGGGCAACUGGGGUGUAAACCUUGAGGAAGAAUGUUUGCCAAUGACUGUGGGCAGAGGAAACUCACAGAAAGCAAGAGGGGGACGAGCAUUGUUAAUACUUGUGACAUGAUACGCCAAACUCAAGUGUGAAAGCACAAGGCAAAAUUUCAUAUGGCAAUCACUUCUGUGCUGAAGCAUUGAAUUACUCUGAAGCUACUCCUAUUGGUACUGGAUCUGCACAUGUCACUGUUCACACAGUGAGUGAAUUAGUAAUCCAGAAGCAUGGUGGGAGUACUUACUAAAAGCAGAAAAGCAGGAAUCUGGGGCAGAACUGCAGUUUGUUGAAAAUUGUGGAAAGUUCUCUUGCACUUUUAUUUAGUGAUUAAAUUCAAGACAUGGGGCCAAUGAAAUACAAGUCAAGUGUGUCCUCGGUGUCCUGUGGUCUGCAGUAUCACCAUUCUUUGAUAAAGUGGAGUCCAAAAAUUAAUUUACACAUAGUGCGGACUUACUGCUCGCCAUCACCGAAGAGGCCUGAAGCCAAGUCGGCGAUGGAAAUGGCCAUGGGUCUGAUUAAUCGGCUGACAGAAGCUGGGACCGUUAUGGGAAAAACCUCUCUUCAAAAAAUUUCUGCAACAGGCAAGAGUUGGUGGGACAGAUACGAAGAAUUUGUUGGAAUUAAUGAAGUUCGAGAGGCUCAGGGAAAAGUGACAGAGGCUGAAAAUAUCUUUAUGGUGGCUCGAGGAAUAGUACGAGAGGCUCGUGAAAAUGUAGAAGCCCAACAAAUUAAACUGAAGGAAAUUCGGGACCGCUUAGACAGGGUGUCUCGGGAUGACACCCAGUAUUUAGAACUGGCCACUCUGGAACACAGGAUGCUGCAGGAAGAGAAGAGGUACCGUGCUGCGUAUUUAAAUGCAGAAGAAUCUGAGAGAGAAAAAUUUGCUCUCUUCUCCGCAGCUGUAAGGGAAAGCCAUGAGAAGGAGCGAACAAGAGCUGAAAAAACAAAGAACUGGUCUAUUAUUGGUUCUGUUCUGGGAGCCAUUAUAGGUGUUCUUGGUUCCACCUACGUAAAUCGAGUAAGGCUGCAAGAAUUAAAAGUCUUGGUGCUUGAAGCACAGAAGGGCCCAAUAAAUCUGCAAGAAGCCAUCAAAGAACAGGCCUCCAGUCAUUACGUCCAGCAGAAGGAUCUCAGUGACGUCAUAGCAGACCUGAAAAAUGUGCUGCAAACAAGGACAUCACAGGAAAUAAAAGAAGGUGCUUUGUUAACUAAAGGAGAGAGGAAUGACUCCAUAAAAAUAGAUUCUCUUUUAAUUCCUUUAAAUGAACAGCUGAACUACACUAAACAAGUCAGUUCACAUCUAGGGAGUUUACAAGAGCAGUUUAACAGUCUGCAGGAAAGUAUAGCGCAGGUGAUUUCUGAGGUUAAGAGUGUUAAACUUGCCGUCCAUUCUAGACCUAUGGAAAGAGUGAUGCCAAGGUCUUCAGCGGAGGGCAAGGGCCAGGCUUCUGCUGUGAGAGAUGUGAUUUUAGAGUUGUGUGAUACCGAGCGGAGACUGGAAGCACAGAUCAAGAGAAAUUCUAUUUACAGCACGGCAUUGACAUGUGCUAUGUUUGCUAUUACUCUGCCAGUACUCUAUAUUAUACUUAAAGGGAACUGAUAUCUAAUUAAUUGCCACAAAUUACUAGAUUAAUAAAAGUAAACUUGCACUCUAAGUACUUAGAGUACAAGUCUAAAUGAAGUUGCGUUAGUAUUUCUCGUUAUGCUUUCUGCUGUGUGUUUGGAAAACUUGUAAAGACUUAGUCCAUCUAUCACUGCAGGCUCCAUGUUAACAGUCUUUGUCAUGCAUUGCGGUUUUUAACUCCUCAAGCAAAGGAAAUUCCACAGUUUCAUCUAUUGAUUUCAUUCACUGUUUCAUUCUUUUACUGUCUAGUCUUGUAUAUCUUGCCAAUCAGUGACUUUCACUCUGGAGCUGUAUUUGUGAUUUUUCUGUUCAAAUGAUUCUUUUAAUCUCUCAUCAAUUUAAAUGCUUCAUGUGUAAUCCUUGUAAUCCUUUGUAAUUUUACUCCUGAUUUCUUCAUAGUUUUUCAGUUUGUCUCCAUACAGAAAACAUUAGGAGUCAUUUUACCGAACAGGUAGAAAUAUUUGCUGUGAAAUAUUUCGGUUUGUUUCUUUUUUUUUUUUUCUUUCCUUUUCUUUCUUUUUUUUUUUUUUAAUUCUAGAUACAAUGCAGUGACUUACAAUGUGACAAACAGCAGGGGCCAUGUGAAUAAGGAGGAUUGAAGUUAUGAUACAAUGUGGCUAUAUGGCCAGGUGAUGCAUUAUAAAUACAUUUAAGUUACAUGUGGUAACUUUCCUAGGGCAGUUUCUUGUGAAAAAGCAUUUCUGGACUCCAGGUGUUUGUUACUGAUAGCUCCGUGUCCUUAAAAACUCACGGGCAGGGAAAGAGAAAAAGGGUGCAGAUAGAUGUGUGAAGUACGUUGAUGUUUAUUCUGCCAAUGCAAGCCACUUGUCCUUUCUCUACAGACUCCUUAAGCCAUCAUUCCCUAGGAAUUUUGUGGUUUUAGUAAUCAUCUAUGGAGCAACCACUCUCUUAUCCCUACUGGUAUCUCACUGGAACUUUCCCUUAUUUUUUUAUUCUUUUUUCAAUUUUGUCCUGUCUGGAAAUUGAGAUGCUGCUCCAAAGCAGGUGCUUUCAAGCCGGUACAUUAAUGGUAAUAUGGUUACACAAACUACUCCAAAGUAAUACUGGAAAAAAACUACAGGUCCAGUUGCCUGUUUUUCCUUGAAGGAGGACGAAUGACUGAUUAAGGAAAAAUGCUUAUCUUAACAACUAAACAUCAGUGUCUCUGUGUGGCCUCACACAGUUAUUGGUAUCGCUGUGGUAAGACAUAUUUUUCUCCCGGUGAUGGCAGCAGAUAAGCAAAUCAGAUGUGGGACUCCUGCUCUAUGAGCCCUUCUGUGGAUGCUUUGCAGACAAAGAGCAACAAGCUCACUGUGUGCUGUAAUGCCUUUAUGUAAGCUUUUUAGAGUGACUAAGUUGUGUUUACUAUACCAUCUGCUAUGUGUUUUUUUUCUAUCAGCAGUUUCUUCUGCCCAGCAACCAUAUUAAAAGAGUUUGAGGUUUUGAUUAUAAGCUCCUAAGACUGUAAGAUCUUUGGGACACGGACAUUUGCUCUAUGAAGCACCAACUUCAUUUGUUAUCAUUGGGUGCUAUUAUAACACUACUGAAUAAACAAGCAAUGUUAGGAAAGAUCUGUGAUGAUUCACCACUUGUAAGGGAGAUGAAGUAUGCAAAAAGUAGAUUUGAGAGGGAUCACUGCUGAUUUAUAUAUUGAUUGUUUGGAGUGUAAAGUGAGUAACAAACAUUUGGCAGGGAAGCUGUUUGAUCUGAUGGCUGGAGAACUGGGAUAAAAAUUCCAGUGCACUUAGCUGCAUCGGGAAGUAUAUAUAUACAGAUCAAUACAAUUUUUCAAAACUAUAAUAUUUCAUUUUCUCAUUUCACAAAUAUUUUUAUAGGUCACUUAUACUUCUUGCAGGAGUUUGAUGAAAAUCAGAGACAAGUGUGUAAUUGAAGUGGAAGGGAUAGUACAAUGGUUCUAUUUGUAAUUUACCGGCACAAGUCACUGCAAAUUUUGUUCUUUUUUUUUUUUGUUGGUUUGUUUCCUUCAGUUUAACUACAUAAAGUUAGGCUGCUGUGUUAUGUGAGUGGCUGAAUUUUAGAUACUCAGCAUCACUGAAAAGUGGAUUAUAUAUAUAUCUAUAUUAUAUACCACAGUAUUAAAAUGCUGAAUGUUAGGCAGCUAAAUUUGAAAGUGGAGGCAACACUCACUGACUUGUACUUGGUGGCAUUAAAAAUGAGUAGAGGUCCAAGACUAAUCUCGUGUACAAUAAAUAAGAGAAUUCAAAAACA